AAAAUGACUUCGGUAAUAGAAUGGAUUGAGGAAAAGAUAAAGAAUGAGUAUAUUCAUUAUUUUGAAUAUGAUAAAUUUAGUCAUUUUUAUGAAGUUGGUAGAGGAAGUUUUGGUGAAGUGAUUAAAGCAAAUUUGGCUAAUAAGGGAUUAGUCGCACUAAAAAUUAUUUCUAGUAAAAAUUCGAAAGAGAAACUUAACGAGGUUAAUGACGAGUUCGUCAAGGAGCUAAAACUCCUUCGUGAAAUUGAUUAUCAUUCAAACAUCAAUCGUAUUCUGGGAAUAACAAAAGACUCUAAGUCUUAUAUUUUGGUGUUGGAAUAUGCCAAUGAAGGAAAUUUAAGAGAUUAUUUGAAAAAUAAUUUCGCUUUUUUGAAAUGGAAUUAUAAAAUUAAAAUGGCAUUGGACAUUACUAACGGAUUGAAAUUUUUACAUUCCAAAGAAAUAAUCCAUAGAGACUUGCAUUCAAAAAAUAUAUUAGUGAAUAAUGGAAAAUUGUUAAUUGCAGACUUUGGAUUAUCUAAAAAAUUAGCAGAAGUUACAACUAGUUCAAUGGGUAAUAAAAUGGGAAUGUAUGAAUAUAUUGAACCACAAUGUAUUAAAAAUAUCAAGUAUAAAAAAGAUAAGAAGUCCGAUAUCUAUAGUUUAGGUGUUUUAUUAUGGGAAAUUUCGAGUGGGCGUCCUCCUUUUCAUGAUUAUUAUAAUCGGAAUUUAUUAGCUAUUCACAUUAGUUUUAACAAUCUUAGAGAAAAACCAACUGAGGGUACACAUUCUAAAUAUCAACAACUUUAUAAAGAAUGUUGGGAUGACGAACCAAAAUCAAGGCCUAAUAUUGAAGAAGUUUAUAAAAUUUUAAACACAGUGACCGUCAAAAAAUCCAAAAAAUCUGCAAAACACCAAAUUCCAUUCUUUAGACUACCAUUUCCGCCAGAACUGACAGUUGAAGAGAUCUUGCGCAGUGGGACAAAAGAUAAAUUUAGGUCGAAUCCUCCAAACCGAUACUUUAUAUACAGACUCGCAUUCCUUAAAGAACUUAGAAAGCGAACUGCUGAUGAUAUUGCGCCUAUGUCGAAAAUAUCGGCUCACGUUAGUUCUAUGUGGUUCAAUGAAUCAACUCCAGUAAGAGAUGUCUAUAAAGAACUGUCUGAUCAAGUGGAAAGUCGGCUAAAGGAAAAAUCAGUUCGCAUCAAUGAGUCAUAUAAACCAUUAUCCUAUUGAGUUAUGCUUCUGUGAAGCAUGCUGGAAUAAUUUUAUUAAUUGCGGGCAAUCUUGAAUCGAAAUUGGUUUUCGAUUAUUUUUAAUUUGUUUCAUAUUAUUUUUUUUCUUUCAGGG